UGUUUACCCCUAUUCCAUGACUUUCCCUCCAGUGACGAACGAACCCCACCUUGUUCUGAUAAUUCCAGUAGCCAUUUUAAUGGUUAUCAGCGAAAGACUGGGACUCGAGGCUUCGAUGUUUCAAGAUGGAGGUCGGCGACGAAAUCCGCGAGAGACAGUAUGAAAGCAGUUUGUUGCUGUUGGCGGACGAACUAAUUGACAUGGUGCUAUCCUGCCCUUUAAUAGAUCAUAAGGACUUAUGCUGCUGUGCUCAAGUUUGCACACGUUUGAACACUAUUGCAACUGGAAAUGAACUGUGGAAGAGGAAGGCCCUCUCUAGAUGGCGGUUUUGGAAAAGCAUGCCCAAAGAAAACUGGUGUGCAGUUUACAGAGACAGGCUGUUAACUGAACUUAAAAUCCUUUCUGCUUUAGAGAGUAUGUCAAAGAAAUAUUACAACAACCCUGAGGUUCACAGGAGAGAGUUUGACACAUUUGUGUAUUUAGGAAAUGAAAAUCCUGUCAUGUCGUGUCAUGUAAACAAUACUCUGAGUGAACUUUUACAAGGAAAUGAUUGUGAAGUCAAUUUGACACACAGACACUAUGCCAGAAAAGUACAAUCCCAGCUGAAAAUUUUUUCUAUUAAGGACGAGUGGAAGAAAUUUCUGGCAUUACAAGAACAACAACAACAUCUUGAGAAAGGUGCUAUGUUGGUUGUAAGAUGGAUUCUCAAUGAAGAGGAUAUAAAUGAGAAUGAGACUUUCUCAGAACUUGAUAGAAUUGCACAGAUGGUAAAGGAGAAUCUGCAUGGCUCCAACAGCAGUACACACACAGCACCCUUAAUCCCGCUGGAGGAGCAAAUGACACAGAGUAAUGAGGGGCUGACCUCAGUUACACAUCCUGCAGCUUGUUUGAGAAUAUUGGCUUGUCUGAAGCAAGUUUUGUAUCAUCAGCUUCAGUUUAAAGGCUGUGUGGAUGAAUAUUAUAAAAAGGAGAACUCGAUGCUCUUUCAGGUUGUUAAAAAUAGAACUGGUAAUCCCAUCACUUUGUCAGUUUUGUUCACUGCUCUUGCAAGGAGACUUGGGGUUACAUUAGAACCAAUAAAUUUUCCAAAUCAUUUCUUGUUGCGGUGGAGAUCUAACAUGGACCCAAAGGCAGAUCCUUCUACAGUAUAUAGGUACAUUGACUGCUUCAAUGGUGGAAAUUUCUUAACUGAAGCUCAAUGUGUGGAUAUGCUUUUAUCACCCUUGGCAAAUGUACGAAGUUUUGGUAAUGCACUGUUUGUUAGGGCUUCGCCUACACAGGUAUUUAUUCGCAUGGUGGCCAAUAUCAUAAAUAGCUACAGAAUGGAAGAACACCCAGGUGGUCGAUUGAGUGGUCUGCAUUCUGCUCUUGACCUGAUGCUGUUUCUUGAUCCUAAUGAUGAAGACAGCAGACUGCUGUUGGCCAGAAUACAGGUUCAUCUAGGUAUUGACUUAGAAGAGGCAAUUGACAGUCUUCAGAUCCUACAGAGCAGUGCAAACCAAGUGCGUAAGGGAAUAUUGGAUAAUCUCCUUGAACGAGCCAAUCAGAAAAAGAGAAUGCAGGAUUUGGGAGAAAAUCUUCCCCCUCCAAAACUAAGAUCUGAUCCAAGGAAUUCUCAAGUUGGAUUUAAAGUUGGAAUGGUGAUGAGGCACAAGCUGUAUCAUUAUGGUUGUGUUAUUUAUGGAUGGGAUCCUGUUUGUGAAAUGGAUGAGUCCUGGAUUCAGCGAAUGGGUGUUGAUCAAUCACCUGGUGGCCGCAAUCAGCCUUUUUACAAUGUGCUGGGUGAUGAUGGCUCACAAAGAUAUGCUGCACACAUUAAUCUGAAAGAAGAUCCUAAUCAGCCUUUGAACCCCCAUCCUGAACUUGGAAAGUACUUCAAAGGUUUCACCGGAACCAGAUACAUUCCAAAUGAAUGUCUUCAAUGCCAGUACCCUGAGGAUGUUGACAAUUGAUCUAAACUUAACUAUUCAUUUCAACAAAACAUAUUUUCAAUGAAAUAUCUGUGUACUUAAGGAAAACACUCUCAUCGAUAUGAUGUUAUGUGCAAUAUUAUAUCCCUACACAGAUUGGUUUUUAUAAACCAUAAAUUCCAAGAUUUUCUCUGGUGAAGGGCUAAC